AUGACCAAAAACCAUCGGAAGCGAACCGAGCAGUUAGACGACAUCGUGCCUUAUGUUAAUGACCAAAUGGUCGUGUAGGAUUUGAAUAGGACGAAACGGCGGGUGGAAGAAAUUCGAACGAAUCGUGGGUCACAAGUGGGCGGAGCGCCUCUGCCCGGCGUCUUUUUGCCGUUCUUCCCACAAAAAAGUUCGAGUUUAAUGGAGUGACCAGCGGGAGACUAUCAAACGUGGUAUACUGGAUAGGUUUCCACAGGUUCAAAUCAAAAACCCAGAAAAACUGCCGUACUUGAAAAAAUAACACUGAAAAGCUUGCGUCAAAAUCUCGACUGCUCUCCUUCAAUUACUAAUACGAGGAUUUCUAAACAACCUAUGGCUCUUGAUAAACGUUUCAGACCAAAAAAUAUAUAUAUGCUACAGUAAUCAACGCGUUUUCGAGCUGGGCUGUUAGUGGAGCACAUUGUGAUUUCGCGUCUGUGGAAACUGAACUCCAUUUAAAAACAGUGGGAAAAUGAAAGAAAUAGAACAAAUAAUGAGUUACUGAUUAAAUGCGAACCAACAAAAAAGAACUAAGAAAACAAAGUCAUAAAUAUCGAUGAUCCAACUCUUCGAACUCGAAAAUGUUGUUAAGCACAGGAAUAAUCGAUUUUGAAAGCAAAGUCAGCGAAAUCAAGCAAAAACAAAGGAAAACGAGCAGGGUGGAACGGAAAGGCAACCGAAAGCGCCAAGGUAUUCAGUGUCGGCUGAAAGGUGUCGCCAAAAAAGCAGCGCAAACAGACGGGCGGCGCAAAAAGGUCGGGAAUCGGAUUCUCCUCGUUCCAAGUAGUUCGGCUUGUGCUCCGAGGCACUGACUAAUUCGUCGUGAGACCAUUGGCAAACACGCUUUCCUACUUGGAACCCAGGUUGCUGACGACUUGAAAGCCUGCCCACGAGAACAGUCUAUCAAGUUCAGAAUUUCCAUUUGUAGGUUUUUCAACACUAAAAGAAACUUUUGGCAGAGAAGACUCUACGAUUCGUUUGAAUUCAAUGCAGAAUUUCUCCAUUCAAUCGGUAAAGGGUUGAAAAACGACGCAAAGUGUGGCAUUUUCGAGCAAACAAUGCCGAAUUCUCAUUCUGAUAACGGUUUUCUUUGAUAAGCAAAGCUCGUCAUAAGUAUACAUUGACGCUUUCUAUAGUUUGCCGUUGCAAAGAGUGAAAACAGAACGGAAAGACUUUUAAAAAAAAGUUCUCACCUCCUUUAUUUGGCCAUAUGAGUCGUUUUUGGGGCAGGAAACGAGAAACCGUGAAGAGGACACUUCAGAUUUGGACUCAAUACGACCACUUGACCGGGAUAAAACAAUUGCAUAUCAUCAUGCUGAACAUAACUUCAGUAAAAGAGAUGAACAACUCCCCCCGCGAAUUCUACAAUUAUGACUUAUUCAACAAAAAAAAACGGGUUGUUGAUAAGAAUACAUAGUGUCUGAAAAGAUGAAUAUCGAAAAAUCCUCCCGAAUGAGGAAAUAUUUAGUGGAUCGCGUGUACUGGAAUAAUGCUUAAAGAGCGGCUGGAGCAAACACAAUAACGAUUGACGCGCCGAUAGCGUGCGCGCUAAACCAAAUUUGGUCGAAUUUGUCUUGGCGACGGGGCUCCGAAGAACACCCCAACAGCUGUCGCGAACCGGUUGGUUGUCGCGGAACCCUCAGGCCCAUGCCAUGAUUAGACCACAUGAAGAUAUCGCAUCAUUGGUUAUCUUCAAUAGAACUCUCUACUCUCUCCAGUACCGUAUGAUAGACAUUAAUGGUUGAAAAAAUCCAAAAGAAAAAAAACUUCAUAAAAUAUUAUUUGAUAACGAUUUAAUUCUUAUCUGCAACUGAAUCAGCUUUGUUCAGGCUUUUGCGAGGGGCCGGCCCGUCAGCCUCUCGCCUUAGGGCCCAAAGCCUGGCUUGACGCACAAGCCUGGUUUUGUUCUUAAAAAUAGCGUUCUUCUUUUUAUUGCAUACAGCCUCACACCGAAAUAUCUGUGGGAACGAAUAUGUAAAAAAAGCCAGUCAUAUUUGAACCUGCUACAUUUUUCAACUGAUCAUAACAAAAAAACGGAAAAAAAUGGAUAAAAAAAGAAAAAAAUAUAUAAUUUUUCUUUGAAAAAAAUUGAAAAAAAUAGUGGAGCGAACAAACGUACUCAUCAACUGUGCUCCAAUGACAACGAACCUUGGCGCGAAAUGAAAUAUUUGAAAUUGAAUUAACGUUAAUUCAAUUUAUCAAGCAAAUUUUUCAGAAUUUCGUGGCUUUCCUUUUUGAUCGCUUUACAUUUUAAGUCUAUACGCUGGCGCCAUUAAGCUUAUUUUGGUUGAUUACUUCAUUUAUGUAUACCUAACUCAGUAGCUUGUACGUCUUUUUUUCUGCGUUUUGUUUAUGAUUCUUGUUCUACAAGAUAAUCUAUCAAAAGCUUUUUUCAUCUGAAUUUAUAGAUCAGUACUUGCUCUCAAGCGAUGUACGAGUCUGACCAGUCCGAAAAAUGGUAAUUUUUCAUUGAAAAAAUUUUUUCUCUCUUGUUCUUCCAGAGUUCAGAACUCCUUCGCGUCCCAAGCGAUGUUUGGAACUUGGAUCGUCAAAGAAGAGAUUGCCAUUAGUUGUUAAAAAUACCCCAAAAAAUCAGCUUGCGAGUAUUUUUUACGAAGGUUUGGUCUUACUAUCCAUAAUUUUUUGAAAAGUUCACCCCUAGACUCUAUAGUCUGUUCAGAUUUUUUUUUUCAAGCAGAUAACUCCACCCCAAGGCUACAAUAUCUUUCGCGUUUUUUUUGUACAGAUGACGAGGGCCCUUUAAUGAGGCUGCAUUUUUUUUUUUUGACUUCUUUUUCUAUCUUUCAAAUGGAAGAAGAGCAAAAACCGUCCCGCGCGAUAGAACAUCGACGCGAAAAGGUACCGUCUCAACAGAGGCGGAGUGACAUUCAAAAUCUAAACACUAUAUAUUGUUUAUGCAAAUUUAAUGGAUUAAAAGACUUCUGAGAGAAAUAAGCUGAAGCUCAUUUUCAUUCUUACAGAACCCAAAAGAGAAUCGACCCCGCGAUAUCUGCAGGCAACUGAAGCGUUUAAGAGACGUGCACAGAGUCCGCUGCGCCAGACGCCAACUCUGCCGACGGCGCCGAGAACCUCGGUCAUCAAGUCGGCGGACUUGCCUGCGCCAAGUACCCCCCAUCGUUGUCUCGACGAACAGCUCCGCAAGUAUCCCACUCCCUCUGUAAGAAUUGUUCAAUUUUGAAACAGUAAUAUCCGUCCUCUUAGCUGUGUGGAUAAGGGCUAUAAUAAAUAGGAUAAUCUUGUUCAUUUCUUGUAAGUUCAGAUGGAGUACUCUGAAAUCUCGAAAACUACCCGAGUGGUGAUAAUAUUUUGUUUAAUCGUUAAAAUUGUGCUCUACAACAUAUUUUACUAAGAGAAAAAGUUAACCCUUUUUUUCCAACGCAGCCAAAACCCAAAUGGCGCAGAACAAGUCUGCGCCUAAAUACUUUAUAGACUACUAAAAAUUUGAGAAGCGAUUAUUAGGUUGGUACCUAAAUCUUCUGAGUUUUUUUUUAAAAGAAAGCGGCUAGUUUCAUUUUAUCUCUCUUCCAUCCGACCACAUGCUGCCAUCGUGUUUUGAUUCCGCUAUCUGUUCGGAGUUCCUUUCUGUCCAGUUGAGGCUGUAGGUGGAUGGAGAAGUUGUAGUCGCAAAGAGCGAUGUGAGGACUGUACAGUGAAGGGCCAGCCAUAGCUCCGCACCUCAGUGCUCGUGGCUCUCGCUGUAGGAGGCCUGAAGUUGCAAUGUAGCCGAUCUUUGGCGGAUCUUGAUUGGAUAUGAGCUGAGCAUUGAGCUUUUGAAGCUGGAAAGAAUGAUUGUCGUUGGCGAUAUUGUUGUUGACCUUCAGUUGCUCAUUCCACUCUUUGCCGACCUGAAGAAACUAGAAUUUUUUGGAAAUCUUUGAUAGCUUUUGGACCGAACUAAUAAUUUUACUAUCUUUUCAAUUUCAGGGCCUGACGCCGAGGUUCCGCCAAAUCACGUUCCCGGACGACGUUCCGCUCUACAGUGCUCGGAAGCAGGUAGUAGCGCUCAUAUCCGAAUCAAAUAGUUCAAAUUGGUUCGUUUUUUUUUUUCAGAAGAAGAAAUCUGUAGAGCUAUGUGAAGCGAGUGAGCCGAAACAUACUCGGUCCUCCCGAAUGACGCCGUUUGAGCGCGAAGAAUUUUUCCGUCGUCUGUCAGAGCCGAAGAAGUCACAAAUCCCCAAUUAA